AUGGGCCCUGCGGGCUGUGUCUUCCUGCUGCCCCUUCUGCUGGGGUCUUGCCUAUCCUUUUCUUUCCAAAGGAAAUCUCUGCAGUCAGUGUGCGGACGACCUGUAUACUCAAGCCGUACUGUGGGUGGUGAGGACUGGCCUUGGCAGGUCAGCCUGCACUUGGGCGAGUCCCACGUCUGUGGAGUUUCCCUCAUCAGUGACAGGUGGAUACUGACAGCAGCACACUGCCUACACAGGCGCUGGAUUCCUUUCUUAUAUACUGUGUGGCUGGGAUCAAUUGACAUAGGCCAUUCAAAUACAGGCGUGAAGUAUCAUGUGUUCCGAAUUGUCAUCCAUCCCAAACACCACGGUACCACAGCAGACAUUGCCUUGUUGAGGCAGUUCUCUAGAGCCACCUACAGUUCUUCCAUCCUGCCCAUUUGCUUGUCCAGUGUCAAAAAGCAGUGGACAAUUCCAGACUCUUGCUAGGUGACUGGAUGGGGAAAAGCAGAAGAUGAAGAUUCUGACUACCCUACCAUCCUCCAAGAAGCAGAAAUACCCAUCAUUGAACACCAGCACUGCGAAAAAAUCUACAACCCGGUGGGUUAGCUACUGCCACAAACAGAGCCGGUCAUCCAGGAAAGCAUGAUUUGUGCCGGUGAUCUUGAGAAAAGAAAGGAUACUUGCCAGAUCAGGGGUGAUUCUGGAGGGCCUCUGUCAUGUCAUAUUGAUGGUAUAUGGAUCCAGAUAGGAUUGUCAAGCUGGGGAACAGGAUGUGGUCUUUCUUUUCCUGGAGUCUACACCAAUGUGACCUACUACCAAAAAUGGAUUAUGUCCAUUAUCUCAAGAGCUGAGGACUUGGAUGCCAACAAUCCGGACUUAUCUGACUUCUUGCUCCCUACUGUACUGCUCCUGGCUCUCCUGAGACCCUCCUGCGCCUUUGGGCCUCACAUUUUAGGGAGAGUAGGCAGUGUAGCUGAAGCUGCUGGCCAAGUACAGGGCUAGGGGAAUGCGUGGAGAAGAAGCCGCAGGGGCAGAGAACUCACGAGGAGAGUCGCUGGGAACUCUGGAUGA